AUGCAUUCAAAUCAAGAAAUCAAUAACUCAGAAAAAUCAGAAACAUCAACACUUGGUUAUAACUGCUUGUAGUAUCAAAAAUUAUCUGUUUUGGACAGUUUGAAGUUAAGAAAUACUUUAUCAAUAUUGAAAGAUCAUUAGGAUAUGUUUUAGAUUAGAGAAAGAGCUCCAUAUCAUUUUUCAACCAUUAUUAAAUAAUACUAAAAUAAUAAAAAAGAAGUUUAGGAUGGGUUUGCUGGUUCUGGUGGUUAUGGAUAUGUUUUGUAUGCUGAACACAUUCACAGUUAACCUUGCGUCGUAAAAGUUUAAAAAAUAGAUGAUUUUGAAGAGUUUUUAUAACAAUUGAAUGAAUAUAAAAUUUAGCAGAAAUUAAACAAGGUGUUUCCUUUGCAUUUUGUUUAGUUGAUUGAUAAAGUCACUAUUUUAUAAGAAAACAUUAAUAAUUUUUCCUCUUAUGCUGGGUUAGAAAUUGCAAUAACAACUUUGGAUGCGUAUUCAAAACAAGUUAAUAUAGAAAAUGAAGAAUAUCAAAGCAUUUACCAUAAAAUUUUGAGAUCAAUAAUUAAUAUGCAUUCCUUAAAGAUAGCACAUAGAGAUAUUAAACCUUCUAAUAUUAUGUAUAGUAAUAAAAACGGAUGGGUUAUCGGAGAUUUUGGAUGUGCUCUAAAAUAUAACAAUUUAGUUGGUGUUUUUUAAAUUGAAGGGACUACUCAAUAUUUACCGAAAAAAUAUCGGAUAAUGUUAUAAAACAAAAGUUUUAGCAAAUCAAAAAUGAAUCUAUUUGAAAACGAUAUAUAUGCUUUUGUUUUAACAAUGCUAAAAAUUAAAAUGAAGGACUGUACUAUCUAUCAGUUAUAACAAAUGUUGGAUGAUUAAAAUAUGUACAAUCAGCUGCCUUAAGAAUUGCAAAUCCUCACACUAAGUUAAUUUUAAUUAUCUUAAAAUUUAAAAAGAAGUGUUAUUAAAGUACCAAUUUAGAAAGUAUUUUAUGAUGAGAGAUUUUACUAAAUUAAAAAUACAUUAGAAUAAUUCAAGAAGAAAUAGGAAAACAUUCUUUCCAUUAUCUAUAAUAUCUUUCAUUUUCGAUAAAGAAUUUUAAAUUAAAAUUUAUAAAUCAAGAAUGAUGCCUAAAAGUAUGAUGAUUUGAAAAUUUAUAUUGAAUUAAUAGACUCAAACUUUACUAGUAAAGAUAGUACUUAAAUACCUCCAAUUACAUCAGAAACAACCUUUGAAUAAUAUCAAAUAAUUUCUGAAUAUUGGUUUAGGUUAGGCAAUAUUAAUCAAUAAUUAGUGAUCUGUUAAUAAUAUUAAAAGUAUACAGCAAAGCAUUUAUUUUAAGCAAAACUCCAAGAACUAUCAAUUUACAUGUUUUAAGAAGAUUAUCAAAAGGCAGAUCAAUUAAUUAUCUAAUUAUCAGAUGAUGAGCCGAAUAUGGAUGAUAUCACUUUCAUCUAGCUUUAAAUUAUCAAAGCCAUCAGGGAAAGAAUAUGGUUAGAAGUAGCAGAUCAAUUUUAAUAAUGGAUUUAUGAUGAUAACAGGUAUGUAGAUUACAAAGAAAACUGGAUGUUUUUAAUGCUUGGAAAUUUUUCUUGGAUAUACUAAACCUCAAUUAUUAAGCAUCAUCGUACUCCAUAGAAUUAUAAAUUUAUCUAGCAGGAAAGCUAAAUAUUCUCUACAAACUCAAUAGUUUUACCUAGAUGGAUUGAGUUAUGUAAUUGGAAAGGUUUAGACCAUUAAAAUAGCGUUUAAGAUAUGAUAAAGUAAUUAAUAUAAAGGGGAACUGAUAGUUAUGGAGUUAAGGUAUUCAUUUAACAAUUAAUUAAACGCAUCGAUAUGAAUAAUGAAAAACAGAUAAUAAUAAAUCUAUUUGAAACAGCUAUUUUAUUUUAUGAGAAUCAUUUUCACAAUUCAAGUUUCUUUUGGGAAAUUUAUUUUCAUUUUUCAUAAUAUUGUUAUUCUAUUAGAGAUUUCUAAAAAUCUAUGGAAUAUGCAUUGAUAGCUUUAAAAUUGGUUGAUGUUGAUAAUUUAUAUUAUUAUAUUUAGAUAGAAUUAAUGAUAAUAUGUAUUUUAACAGUAUAAAAUAAAUUUGAUGAAUCAAAAAACAGAAUUUCAAAAAUUUGGUAAUUUAUAGCCGAAAUAAAGUCAUAAGCAUCAAGAUCUACAUUAAUAUCAAAACUUCAUUCAAAUUUUACAAUAUUUUUUAGGAAUAAUUAGAUUGAAAAUUUAGAAUUAAUUUCUAAUGACUUAUCUAAUUAUGUUGAAUAAGAAUAAGUUAGUUCAAUCAUUAUUUAAUGCCAAACAAUUCUAUCUGAUUUAGCAUUUUUUAUUAAAAAUAGAAAAAAAUUGAAUAAAACCUAUCAGUCAUGGGUAGCAUUUUGUAAAAAUACGUAGGAGUUUGACCCUUAAAUAUUUUAACUAUUCUAUAAAUAUAUUUAUGUUUAACAAGUACUGAUGAAUAGUGAGGAAGAAAUAAAAUAAUAUCUUUAAGAUUUGGGUAAAUACAUUUAAAAUUCGAUUGUGUACGAUGAAAUUNAAAGAUAGUACUUAAAUACCUCCAAUUACAUCAGAAACAACCUUUGA